AAAAGCCAUCUCUUCUCUGCAGACAGCAAAUGCAACAACACUCAACCAAACAUUUUUUUUUUUGGGUUCGAAAAGGAAAACACAUGUGGAAUCCCAAUAAUAAUAAUAAUAAUAAUAAUAAUAAUUCUAUAUCAUCUGCUGCCAAACAGUUUCUAGGAUCCCCAAACUCUAAAUUCUUUAUGGAUCAGGAAUUUAAUUUCUAGGGUUUUUCAUUACCCUAAAAUAUAUUUAUUUUUAAUUAAAAAAUAAUAAAAGAAAGAAAGGAUUUCAAGAGCAGAGGAAUAUUUGAAAUUCCUGGCCAUGGAAAUCGAGGUGUCGAGAAGCACUUCAAAUCUGACAGAUUUAGAAGAGAGGAAUAAUAAAGAUACGGUUCGCGUUACACGGAAAACCUUGAAGACGGUUCUCGAGCAGUGCCAACGAGCUCUCCAAUUGCUCAGUGAUACUGAUGUUCUCGACGAUGACGACGACGACGAUGACGACGGAGCUGACUGCAGCGCUAAGCUGGAAGACUCGAGUCGGGAGACAUUAGUUGCGUCCCCAGUCGAUCGAGAAGCCUAUGAGUUAUGUGACCUUCUCAAAUCUAGAGUUGAAUGUGCUGACUUCCUUCAAAAGCUAGAAUGUGCUCAAGUGUCAGUUCCACAAAAUAUUGCUGAAGAAGGUAGCUCCUGGGACAUGGUCAAUGAAAAUGAUCUUUGGGAAUUUGAAAAUGUCGAUUCAGAUCAAGAAGAUUAUGUUCUUGUUCGGCAAGAAGACAUAGUAGAGGGCAUUGCAUGCUUCAUGGCUGCCUAUUUGUUGUCUGUUAAACAGACUAAGGACUUGACUCCUAAUCAACUUCAGGAAGCCCUUAGCAAGACAUUUUCUGUAAAAAAGAAAAAAGGGAAACUUCGGAAGGCAUGGGAUGGAAGCAAAGUAAUCUAUAAUGUAGCAUCCUGGGGGGCAACUGCCAUUGGGAUCUACCAAAACCCGGUUAUUCUUAGGGCUGCUUCUAAAGCAUUCUGGACUUCUUGUCAUGUUAUAUCAAAGCUUCUCUGAUGUGUGGGUUGUUACUUGGGGCGUGCUCUGGUAUUGGGAUUCACUGUUGUAUUGGUGAGUGUACUGCCAAUGCAGUGGGUGUUUCUUUUGUUGUAUUCCAUUCUUAUCGUGUUACGAUUUGAUUGAUUACUCCAUCGUGAUUUAAUCUUGUAAAUAUUUUUCUUCUUUAAGUAUUUCCCAUGUGCAAUUCCAAUUCAUCUUUUUCUUUU